AUGGAGCACCCUUCCAAGCGCCGCCGUCUGACCCCAUCCCCGCCCCCGAUCUCCUCGCCCAUUGAAACUUCCUCCGACGAGCUGGCCGCUGGGUCCGAUCACGACCAAGAGCGACGUCGCGUGAGCCUGAACGCCUACCCGCCCAAACGCCCAUACCCCCGCUCCCGCAGCUUCAGCAGCUCUGAAAGCCCAGAUGAGCUGGCAAUGGACGCAGAUGUGUAUUGGCGCUCCCGCAAUCGCGGUCGCGACGAUUCGCCCUGGGCUCGCUCAGACGAGGAAAACGAUGAGAACGAGGCCGACGAAGAGGAGAAUGAGAAUGAGGACGACGAGCACGAUAAUAUGAACGGUGACGAUAAUGGCAGGGAGGCGAAUGGGAGUCGCGAACGCGACUUGGAUGAAAUGGAUACUGUGGGGGAGAAUGAGCCGGAGACAGAUCCAGAUCGCUCGCCGACGCCUGUACCACCGCCGCCGCCGCCAAAGCCAGAGUCCGUGAAUUAUCGCCAGAAGUUCUUGCUCAGAGGGCAUUUACGGGGGGUGUCGGCUGUGCGAUUCUCGCCGGAUGCGUCUAUGAUUGCUAGUGGAGGGGCGGACGGCGCAGUGAAGGUCUGGGCUGCGUCCACGGGGAAGUUGAUAUACACUUUUGAAGGACACCUUGCAGGUAUAUCGACGAUAUCAUGGAGCCCCGAUGGGGCAACCAUUGCCUCGGGCUCAGACGAUAAGACUAUCCGGUUGUGGAAUGUCCUAACAGGCAAAGCACAUCCAACACCGUUCAUCGGCCACCACAACUACGUCUACGCGAUCGCCUUCUCCCCCAAAGGCAAUAUGCUGGUCAGCGGCUCCUACGACGAAGCCGUCUUCCUCUGGGAUGUGCGGUCCGCGCGCGUGAUGAAGUCGCUCCCCGCUCACUCCGACCCGGUCAGCGGCAUUGAUGUGGUCUGGGAUGGCACUCUCAUCGCCUCCUGCGCAACGGACGGCCUUGUGCGCAUCUGGGACACGUCGACAGGGCAAUGCCUACGCACGCUCGUGCACGAAGAUAACCCGCCCGUUUCGUCGGUCAAGUUUUCGCCGAAUGGCAAAUACGUGCUUGCAUGGACACUGGAUGACUGCGUCCGCCUGUGGGACUACGUUGAGGGCCGCUGUUUAAAAACCUACCAGGGCCACUCGAACAAGAAGUACAGUCUUUCCGGCGCUUUCGGGGUUUACGGGCAGUCGAUUCCAGGCAGGACACCGGGGUAUGCGUUUGCGGUUAGCGGCAGUGAAGAUGGGGCCAUUCUCUGCUGGGAUGUUGUUACUAAGAAGGUCUUGCAGAGGAUCGAGGCGCAUGAUGGGGUUGUGCUGGGUGUGGAUACUUGCUCGACCGGCGAGGGGAGAUUCAUGGUUAGCUGUGGAUUGGAUGGAACGGUGAGGGUCUGGGAGGAGGUUGGACCUGAGCGUGAGCCUGAACCUGAACCCGAACCCGAACCUGGACAGUGUCCAGACCAGGACCAGGACCAGGGCAGGGACUGGGAUAUGGACUCCGAAAUGAGGGAAGCGGGCGAACUCGCUGUUGAGACCAGGGAUCCCACAUAG